CAAUUGCCUCUCUAAACAGCAAGAUGAAUAAGUUAUUUGUAGUGUUCCUGGUGGUCGUAAUUGCUGGGCUUUUAGUUGGAGUCCUGGCUGAACCCGCACCCCCUUGUGAAUGUCACUGUAGUGGGGAGGAUAGAGCUUGCAGAGGUAUAAACGAUUGCAUUAACAAAUGCGAUUCGGAAGGUUGCACUCAGCAAGUAAUUUGGGCAUGCUACUGUAGGGAAGGAUAUUGCUUAAAUGAGGACGACGUUUGUGUACCCAUAUGCUAUGAUUAAUUUUUACACGUCCUGUAUAAAUACAAGGAUGCAAAUUAUAUCCAAUAUAUACAUAAUUAAUGCUUGAUUAACCCUAAUUAUUCCUGUAGUCUUAUUAUAAUAAAAAUUAAACAUUUC